GCUGAGGUCAUGUCCAUUUUGCUUAUAUACUCCCCUCGCUUUCUGUGAUUCAGAACCUUCCAAACACUUUCUCUCUCAUCAUUUUCUUACAAUCCCUCGCAAUCCACACAUCUUCUCUUUCUCUCUCCUCUCACCUAAUCAAAAUUACCCCUCUUUCCCAUCCGAUUCCCCUUCUCAAACCCUAAUUCUCCUCUUUAAUUCCCAAUUCACUUUAAAUCUAACCCUCUUUUACUCCAAUCCACCUCAAUUGCAUCAAUCUCUAACAAUUAAGUACACUUCAAAUUUAAAAUGGGAGUUUCUAGGGUUUGUGCAGAUCCUCUAAAACCAUCGUGUUCAUCAUGUUCUUCAGAAGUUACCUCUUCUACAGCUAAAAUGGAAACUGUAAAUGGUUCUCAUGAGUUUAAGAUCACUGGUUAUUCUUUAUCUAAAGGGAUGGGAAGUGGAAAGUAUAUAGCUUCUGAUACGUUUAUGGUGGGAGGCUAUUUAUGGGCUAUUUACUUUUAUCCUGAUGGAAAAAGUCCCGAGGAUAAUGCUUCGUAUGUUUCUUUAUUCAUCGCUUUGGCUAGUGAAGGUACUGAUGUUCGAGCUCUGUUUGAAUUGAAGCUUGAAGAUCAGAGUGGUAGAGGGAGGCAUAAGGUUCAUUCCCAUUUUGGAAGAACCCUCGAAAGCGGUCCAUAUACUCUCAAGUAUCGUGGUAGCAUGUGGGGGUACAAGCGCUUUUAUAAGAGGACAUCUCUGGAGCACUCGGACUAUCUCAAAGAUGAUUGCCUUCUGAUUCGAUGCAUUGUUGGAGUUGUGAAGACGCAUACAGAAGGACCCAAACUUUAUAGAAUACCACUUCCACCUUCAGACAUGGGGCUGCAGUUUGGACAACUUUUAGAAACUAAAAAGGGAACUGAUGUGAAUUUUGAAGUUGACGGUGAGGUCUUUGCAGCUCAUAAGUUGGUAUUAGCAGCACGCUCACCUGUGUUUAGGGCACAGCUUUUUGGCCCAAUGAAGGAAAGAAGCACACAAUGUAUAAAGGUUGAAGAUGUUGAAGCUCCAGUUUUCAAGGCGUUGCUGCACUUCAUAUAUUGGGAUGACCUGCCAGAUAUGCAAGAGCUAGCAGGUCUGAAUUCCAAAGGAGCUUCUACGUUAAUGGCUCAACAUUUGCUAGCUGCGGCUGAUAGAUACGGACUUGAACGCCUCAAACUCCUUUGUGAGGCUACACUAUGUGAAGAUGUUGCCAUAAACAAUGUUGCUACAACUUUGGCCUUAGCAGAGCAACAUCAUUGUUCCCGCCUGAAAUCCGUUUGCCUGAAAUUUGUUGCGUCACGUGAAAAUCUUAGAGCUGUUAUGCAGACGGAAGGUUUCGAGUACCUGAAGUUGAGCUGCCCAUCUGUAAUUAGUGAACUUCUGGAGUUUGUCGCUAGGGUCAGCGAGCAUUCUAUAUCUGUUGCGGGAUAUGGAAAUGAUUCAAUGCUUGAUUGCGGAGACAUAAACGGAAGACGUGUCAAGCCGAGAUUGUUUUGAUAGAUAUUUCUUUCUGGGGAAAAACGGGGAGGGGGCGGUUGCUGUUGUGCUCAUUCUGUUGUACUGUUGUAACAAUUGGCGCUGACUAGCGUGCUUUAACUGUAUUGUAUUGUUCUUGUAGUUGUAUGUAAUAUCAUUACAAUUACAUAGGAAAUAUGACUUUAGUUGGGGGGGAGGGGGGGAAUUUACCUCUGCAUUUAUGUGUUUUCUAUAAUGAAAUAGGAUAUUUGACAAGUAUAUCAAAUUUAUAUAAAGCUCAAGAGACAUUACAAAUUGAUCAACAUAUCUUGUUAUGCCAAACUGGUAAAUAUUGUAAACAGUUAUGUAUGAUAUAUUUUUUUUGUUAAUUUUGUUGUUUUUUAAA